UAACCAGGGGGUGUAUUUAUCACAAGGCAAACAAGGCACUUGCCUAGGGCUGCAUUUUUCAGGGGGGCAGUCCCUCCCCCCAGAAGAAGGGAUGAAAGAAGGGACAAGUGCACCAUGGGAACCAGGUGGGAUCCGAAAGAGGCUGUGGGAUGCUUGAUAGUGUAUCCAGGGGAGUAUUUACCACAAGGCACUUGCCUAGGGCGGCAUUUUUCAGGGGGGAAGCACCUCCCCCCAGAAGAAGGGAUGAAAGAAGUCAUACGUGCUCCAUGGGAUCCAGGUGGGAUCCGAGUGAGGCUGCGGGCUGCUUGA